UUUCUGUAAACCACCUUGCGUAUGGAAGUAUGGCGGCCUCGGCGAAACAACUGCUCCUCGGCCAAAGUUUACUGCUCCGGUUUUGACGUGAAAGCGAUGAAUAAGUACGCAAACAGAGCAGGCGGUAUCGACGAGCUCGGUUGCUGUGAGCAUUGGACAGGGCUUGCGGAAGGAGUCGCUGUUAUUUGGCCGGCGGACUUCACUGAACUUCCCUUCGCCUCCUUGAUUGAAGCGUCUCCACUCCGGGUAUCAGACGGGGAGAAGCUCCAUGAGACGGGAAAAGUGGACACGGAAGUUGGAAACUAAGUCAUUGCGCUGACUUUGGAAAGUCCAGUCGUAAUGUGGGAAUGUAUGGUGCUAAGACACAUUUGUUGAGAUGUUUUAGCGCACUUGUCCGAAAUUGUUUUUUGUCGGGAAGCAGCGAGAACCAACUGUUGACUGCUCGACGUGCAUUUAGGGUCUGCGCGCUGCAUACCACCAGCAGACGUUGGUUAGCUUUCAUGGCUCCGGCUAACCAACAGUUUCACUGUUUCUCUGACCACAUUCCACCUGAAAUGGCUUGUUUUGUCUUGUGAAGCGCGGAUGCUCCACUAAUGUGUGGCACGCGGAGACAUACUGGUGUAACUUUGAUCUGCUCAGGUGACCUGAAUCACCCGUUCUCUCAGAAGGGACGUUCUGAGGUAGGGAACGGGUCUCCUGUGUCCCCCUGAUUCUCUCCCUGUCUGGUACCCAACUGUGGAACGGGGAACAACUGAUAACAGCUUGGAUAGUCCCGGCUGCAGCCUGGCACCCUGCCCUUAUGGGGCAGCAGCCGGGGAAAUUUGUAGGGGACCAAAGGAGACCCAGUUUGCCAGCUUUCAUCAAGGGGGGAAAGAGAGACUCAUCACGCCAUGUGAGCCAGCCAUGGAAUGUUUUCGAUAGACACGAAGCUCUCCAGAGACCAGACUUUGAGGGUCAGGGUCUGUCUGAAGCGGCUCGCUGGAACUCCAAAGAGAACCUGUUGGCAGGGCCUAGCGAGAAUGACCCCAAUUUGUUUGUUGCACUCUAUGAUUUCGUAGCAAGUGGUGACAACACACUAAGCAUCACUAAAGGGGAGAAGUUGCGUGUGCUGGGUUACAACCACAAUGGUGAGUGGUGCGAGGCUCAGACCAAGAAUGGCCAGGGUUGGGUGCCAUCCAACUACAUCACUCCAGUCAACAGCCUGGAGAAGCACAGCUGGUACCACGGACCCGUGUCACGCAAUGCUGCCGAGUACCUGCUCAGCUCGGGCAUCAACGGGAGCUUCCUGGUCCGGGAGAGCGAGAGCAGCCCUGGACAGAGGUCCAUUUCCCUGCGGUAUGAGGGGAGAGUCUACCAUUACAGGAUUAACACUGCGUCAGAUGGCAAGCUCUACGUGUCGUCGGAAAGCCGUUUCACCACGUUGGCGGAGCUGGUGCACCACCACUCCACCGUGCAGGACGGCCUCAUCACCACGCUACAUUACCCUGCACCGAAACGCAACAAGCCCACCAUCUAUGGAGUUUCUCCCAACUACGACAAGUGGGAAAUGGAGCGCACUGACAUCACCAUGAAGCACAAACUGGGAGGGGGCCAGUAUGGCGAGGUGUAUGAAGGUGUCUGGAAGAAGUACAACCUCACUGUGGCUGUCAAGACACUUAAGGAGGACACAAUGGAGGUGGAGGAGUUUCUCAAGGAGGCUGCAGUUAUGAAAGAGAUUAAACACCCCAACCUGGUGCAGCUUUUAGGUGUGUGCACACGUGAGCCACCAUUUUACAUCAUCACAGAGUUCAUGACGCACGGCAACCUCCUGGAUUACCUGAGGGAGUGCAACAAGGAGGAGGUCAACGCCGUGGUGCUGCUGUACAUGGCCACACAAAUUUCAUCUGCCAUGGAGUACCUGGAGAAAAAAAACUUUAUACACAGGGACUUGGCUGCCCGGAACUGUUUGGUCGGGGAGAACCACCUGGUGAAGGUCGCAGACUUCGGCUUGAGCAGAUUAAUGACUGGAGAUACAUAUACGGCUCACGCCGGUGCCAAGUUCCCCAUCAAGUGGACUGCUCCAGAGAGUCUGGCCUAUAACACAUUCUCCAUAAAGUCUGACGUCUGGGCUUUUGGGGUGCUGCUGUGGGAGAUCGCCACCUAUGGCAUGUCUCCUUACCCCGGCAUUGACUUGUCCCAGGUCUAUGAGCUGCUGCAAAGAGACUAUCGCAUGGAACGACCAGAAGGCUGUCCAGAGAAGGUCUAUGAACUUAUGAGAGCCUGUUGGAGGUGGAACCCCUCUGAGCGUCCAUCUUUUGCUGAAACACAUCAAGCCUUCGAAACCAUGUUUCAGGAAUCUAGCAUCUCUGACGAAGUUGAAAAGGAAUUAGGGAAGAAGGGGAAGAAGACAACAUUAGGCUCCCUCCAGCAGGCUCCAGAGCUCCCAACCAAAACCAGGACGCUCCAUAAGAACAUGGAGAACCGAAACAGAGACAGUCCAGACCCUGUGGAACCUGAGGUGCCUGUAUCAUCGCCAAUGCUCCCCAGGAAAGAGCGCCCUCUGCUGGACAAUAACCUAAAUGAAGAUGACCGCUUAAUCCCCAAAGAUAACAAGACCCGUAAUAGUUUUCUCAGCCGCAUCAAGAUCAAGAAAAAGAACGCACCAGCUCCGCCCAAACGAAGCUCCUCUUUCACCAGGACAGACAUUUCCUUUGAGAGGAGGGUAGCGACUCCUGAUCCCCGAGACGGUGACAACUUCAACAAUGGUACAUCGUUGUCUCUGAAUGACACCACACAUGGUGUUGAAUCCUCAAAGUUCUUGGGAGGUAAUAACAAUGGGGCAGGAGGCAACAACAGUGGGACUCCCAACUACCCGGGGUCUCUGUACCCCCGUAAAAAGGGCCCCCCUUCAUUGCCAAGCCCCGGUAGCAAGGCGGCUACAACGCCACCCAGUGACGAGGAAGGGGUUUCUAAUUCAAAUCGCUUCCUCUGGUCGUCUGUCAUGUCAAACGGCCGAGAUGGCACAGAGUGGAAGUCUGUGACACUCCCCCGAGAUCUGGGCCAGCGCCACUUCGACUCCAGCACUUUGGGAGGGAAGCCGGCUCUGCCACGGAAGAGGACCAACGAGCAGAAAGGAGAGAGUGCCCGUCGAAUGGGCACCCUGACCCCCCCGCCACGUCUUAACACAUCAUCGGAUGUUUGUCCUGCCUUCCUGGGUAAAGAUAAUGAUUCCAGUUCUGGUUCCAGUCCGCAAGCAUCGACACCCAAAGUGGUGAAGAGACCAGGCUUAGCAGGUCAGGAAAACUCCAAGACCAGCGCUCUCCAGGCAGAACUAAAAGCUAAUGUGCUCCCUACUCUGGGAGCAGCAGGAGAGGAGUGCAGGGCUCGCAGGAACAAGCAUGCUGUGGAGCCUGCAUCUUUAAGGGAGAGAAACAAGAUGCAUAAACCCAAGCCGGCUCCACCUCCACCACCCACUGGUCCCAAAUCAGGCAAAAUCCCACGAAGCCCCACUCAAGAAUCCCCCAUAUCCUCGCCCUCAUCUUCGCCCUCAGACAUCAAAUCUAAGGGCCUUCCUUUUAUUUCAGACCCUCACCAUACAACUGCUGCUAGUGACCAAGCCCGCUCAGCCUUCACUGAGGGACCCAAAAAGGGGCCUUUGGGCUCUAAACCUCCAGCGAUAAAGGCUUCUGCAUCUGCCCCCUCUGUGACCACUUCUUCCUCCUGCCAGACCCAGGGUGGUCCAUCGUCCACAGUCGCCUCCUCUGCGGAUCAGAACUUAUCUGCUUUCACCCCUAUUGCCAAAACCCGAUCGUCCCUCCGCAAGACCACACCCCGCCAAGGCAGCGAGCGCACGCCCAAUUCGGCGGUGACACGCGAGAUGGUCCUGGAGGGAGCCGAGCUGCUGCGUGCCGCCAUCUCCCGCAUGUCAGAGCAGACAGGCAGCCACAGUGGCGUGCUGGAGGCCGGGAAGAACCUGUCCAAGUACUGCAUGAGCUACGUUGACUCCAUCCAGCAGAUGAACAAGUUCGCCUUUCGAGAGGCCAUCAACAACCUUGAGACUAGAAUGCGUGAGCUUCAGAUCUGUCCCUCCGCCACAGGGGGUGCUAACGCGCAGCAGGACUUUACCAAGCUGCUGUCCUCUGUUAAAGAGAUCAGUGACAUUGUUCAGAGGUAGCGCUGUAAAAAACACCAAGAUGGGAAACUGAUAUGAAUUUUAACACAUGACCUUCUGAGAGCUGUUGGGUGGAAUGUGAUUGAGAGGAGCCGUGUGGGCUGACACUACAGUUUUCUCCCACUUACUGACUCUUGUGGUUGCCUCAGUGGACUCAAAGGAAACAGUAACUUUGUAUGCACAUUGUCAUCUUAGCCUUAAUUAGGCUGUGGACCAAUUCUACAUCAAUCAUCUUUGAAAUAAUCAUGUUUUACAUAUUUAAUUUUUUUUGCCACCCCCCCUUCUGUCUCAUGACAUUAUUAUAAAAAGGCCUCUGAUAUUUUUUUUUAUCAUCUUUAGUGAUGUGAUGUUGCUAUGACAAUUAAUGAAAUCCAAACUUGCCUUGGAAAAUAUUUCCAGUUGUUUUUCUGUUGCCAGCUUAAAAAAUUCAGAGAAAACCUGCGUAGAUUGACUUUGUUCUACACUUUUUACUUGUUUGAUCAGUCGUCAUUGAUUGGUUGUGUGCUGAAAGAUGAGAUUGUGUUGCUGAUGUUUUGUAUUGGUGCUUUUUGCAGUAUUUUGCAGCCAUUUGUGCCAUAAAAUAACAAUGUGGAGAGAAUGACCCUCGUCUCUUUUUGCUUCUCCCACCACUCCCAUAACAUUUAGCUCUAGUGAAGUCGUGUUAUUAGUUAAAGCAUGUUUGUAUGGCUUUGGCUGAGUUCUGCCUUGUGCUUGAGAGUGGCUGUGUUUGUGUUUAUUGGAUAUAAAUGUUUGCGGCACCAAAAAAAAAAAAUCUUUGGAUCUGGGUUAAUGAUCUGCAUCCCAGUGGAUUUUUAUUUUUAUUUUUUUACAUUUAUUCUCAGACUAAACCUGUUUUUUAAAAUUUAUAUGUGUAAGGAGUUUUGAUGCAAUUUAUUUCUCUCUGUGCCAGUGAAAACAGCCAUUAGUAGCAGCCUGGCCUUGCCGCAGCAUACUGUUAGUUAACAGACCAACUCGGUGUUUCCCCGGCAGGCCUCUGUUCCUGACACGCGAGCGAUUGUUGCAGAGGGCCUCCACCACCACAAAAAAUAAACACCCCCUUGGGAAACACUGGACUAAAAUUUUAACGCGUCUGUCAAUUGCUGUUUCAAAAUGACUGAAAGAGGGGGGGAGGACCAUUACAGACACUAACGUGAGACUCCACCGUAAUGUUUUUUUUUCCCCUUUAUCUGAAUCCCUCGAACAUUUUCAGUAUUUGUGCUGUAAUCUUCUCAUCCUCUGUGCCCUGCCUGACUGCGAAACCUUUGGACAAAAGUCACUGCUGCCAGCCUUGACUUCAAUGGUACUGUUGUUGCUUUUGUUAAUUCCUCUUCUGUACCGAACAUACCACUACUCUACUUUUGUGUCUAAGCCUCAAUCACCAAAUUUUGUAAACAAAGUUUGUCCAUAUUUGUAAAUGUUUCUUCCUCUCUAACCUGGGUGCAA